AUGCCUGAGUUUUUUAUGGAUGAUAUUUUUUUAAGGUCUGAUUCAUGAUGACUUCAUUUGUCAAGAACGAUUUACCGUUUCCGCUGGCGGACCGAGACAAAAACCAAGGCUUACACCUACACAGAAAACAAAAUUGAAGUUGAAUUUAAUAAAAAGUUCGAAAAUUGGAAAUUAAAGUUAAGGUGAAAGAUCCAUACCAUGCUCUGGAAGAUGCGGACGCAGCCGAAACCAAGGAAUUUGUCCGGAAAAUCAACGAAUUCUCGAAAGUUCAGUUUGUCGAUUCUGAGGCGACUUUGAGGGCUCAGGAAACGUUUCUUUUGUAGGAGAAUUUGUAUAUAUUUUUCGUUUUCAGUUUGAAAAAGGCCUGGGUUUAUAAACGGGUCUGUUCUGCUUCGGAACAGGGCGGAAGUUAUUUUUAUUUCGGUCAUGAUGGCGUCAAAAAUCAUUAGUGAGUUUUGGACUUGAAUCGAAAAAAGUAUGAAAUUAUAGCACAUAUUACAAAAGGACGGAGACUGGGGAUAUUCCUUUCUUGGAUGUUAAUCAGUUGGCUGAAGACGGAUCCAUUUCUUUGCAGUUGGAUUUUUUCAUUUGUGAAAAAAAUGAACAGUAUUUCAUAAAAUUAGUAAAUAUAUAGAAGACAAAAAUUUUUUUAUUUUUUUCGAUUUUUUUGAAAAAUUUUUCUCUGUUCUAAUUUUUUUCCAGAAUAUUUUUUUCUAAUAACUUUUUAUAUCAUUCUCCUUAGGGAGAUCAAGUUCACAAAAUUUCAGAGGAUCAGAAAAUUAAUAUUAUUCCAUUUUGAAUAUUACUAAUGUCUUUAAAAUCCAAUUCGAAGGGAAAAAGUAAUUUUAAAAGUGAGUUUUCCGGUUUCUUAGAUGAAUUUAAAGAAAGUUUAGGUGCUAUUUUCAAUCGGUCUUCGCAUUUGAGAUGUCAAAAUUCCACAGUAUUGAAGAAAGAAUAGACAUGAAAUUUAUUUGGAAAUAAUUUAUGUAUAAUAAAAAUUUUAAAAAAAUUUCAGGAAAAAAAGUUUUUGAUGCAUAAUUUAUUGACUAAUAAAGUUAAAAAUGUGAAAAAAGGCUUUUUGAAAAUUUUCAAAUACUUUCUAAAUUGAAAAAUCGUUUUCUGUUUCAUUAUUCCUUUUUUUAGUUCACAUAAUUGGUCUGAUAAUACCUCUGACGCCAUUUUUGGUUAUGGCCUCAGUUCAAAAGGAUCCGACAACACUACUAUCAAGGUCCUUGAUUAUUAUAGGUUAAACGGAAAAGUUCCUUUGAAGAUCCUCUGAAAAAAAACUAAAAAGAUUCCGCAAAAGGCUUCAAAAAUAAUAGAAAAAAGUCUUUUGAACGCUUUUUCAUAGCCUAAGAUGAUUCUUUUUGAGUUUCCUGGAAUAUUUUUAGUUUCUUUCCGGCAUUUUUUAUAUAAAGUAUGUGAAAAAGAUACCAAAAUGGGAUGAAAAUAUUUGCUGGAGACCUUUUUAAAGAGCUUUUUUUGACUUCUGAGGAGCUUUUUCCGAUUUGCUGGAGGUUUGAAAAUUGAAUUGCUUGAUAUUUCAAUGUUCAGUUCCGAAAAAUCAACGGUGAAGAUCUUCCCGACGUUAUCCCCAAUGCAAAGUUCUCAGGGAUAUCUUUCCUCGAAAGAAAAGGCGUCUUUUAUUCGAAAUAUCCCAGUGAAGUGAGUAGAACCGGGCUGUUCGAAAUCUUGUCUCGAAAUGAAAUUCUUAUGCCUCGAUCUCGUGAGAUUAAGUCUUUUUCGUGUUUGGUAGGAAUGAAUAAUGAUAAUUGAUCACGUGGAAGAUAAACCCACUAUAUAAAGGGCUGAUUACACGGAUUCUUAUACCUCGCCUGGCCACCAGCCCAAACCACUCGUCUUCUGGAUCUCCCGAGCCUCCAGAGCCCACGGACGACCCUCUCUCGGGGGAAACGGUUUGCCAGCGCGCAUGCAACAGCUCAGAGAGCACGGUAAACUCGGAGAGACCAGACUCUCCUCGCCUUAAACACUGCCUUUGCUUGCCAGCGCGCAGGUCCUCAGACAGUGUGCAGAGCGAGAAGAGUACGAGUCUAGCCUCUCCGAGUUUACCAUUAUCUCUAACCUGGUGCAUGCGCGCUGGCAUGCAGACUCGUACUCUCCUCCCGUUACACACUGUCUUGGCAUGCCGGCGCGCAGGUCCUCAGACAGUGUGUAGAGCGAGGAGAGUACGAGUCUGGUCACUCCAAGUUUAUUGUGCUCUCUAAUCUGGUGCAUGCGCGCUGUCACGUCGUUUUUUCACGCCCACUUUUUCAGCGUAAAUUGUCGUGUGUCGUGUGCAUGCACUGCGUCGCUUUCGCGCAGAAAAUUGCGUUUAUUCAGAGAAAUUUCGAUUCGUCUCAAAGACCUCUGGCAAUACGACGGCCUGCGCCUUUAAUAUGCCAUGUAUGCCCGAAAUUUCCGUCGUUCCCAUGACGUCACGUGGAAAUGGCGGAUAUUUUGGCCCCGCCCAACUUUAUUCAAGGAUGUGUCCUAAAAGCCUUGUAGUCACACAACUUUUCCGUGAAGACCAAAUAUCCAUUUACAGGUCCAUUUUAGAGUUUUUUGAAAUAUUCUCCUACUCUCUAUUUCAAAAAAACACUUCUUGAACAACCCUGAAACAGAAAUGGAAAAAAUCCAGAAAAAAAGGAAUUUCCAGAAAUCGAAAGACCCUUCAAACGAUGAAAUUUCCACGAAAGCUCUCAAAUUCCAUUCUUUGUACUAUCACGAGCUUGGAACGGACCCCUCGAAGGAUAUUUUUGGUCCAUGAUAGACCCGAUGGCGAAACGUUGAAUGUGUUGGUUUCAAUUUAUUUGAAAAAAAUUUGUUGUAUUAUUAAAAUUUUUAUAAGGGAUCUUUAAAUAAAAAAAUUCUAAGCUUUUUCAGAGAUUUUUGGACAAGAUCAAAGUUGAGUUUAUUUGGGGAAAAAAAGGUUUUUUUAAACGGUGAUCUGAUAUUUUUUUGAGAUUUUUUUGAGAAUAUUGGAAGCCAAGUCAUGUUCAAAAAAAAAAUUUUGUGGAUUUUUGAAAUUUCAUAAAAAAAGAUUUUUCAAUAGGAUGAGAACACUAGGGGGCGCUGAAGCUUGCAAAAAAUGACCACUCUAGGGGUUUCAGCUAGUGGCCACUCUAGGGGCAUGCUCGUAACCCCUAAGCGUCUAUUUAUCAGCAGAAAAAGAAAUAUACAAGACCCCUACAGGGGCCACUUAAUCUUUAGGGGCGUGGGAGUUUGCCCCUAAACCCUCUAGGGACCACCUAAAUUUUAUCCCUAUAGGGAGCACUUUUUAUACCCUGUAGGGGUUGUUUUCUCCCCUAAACCCUCAAGUGACUACUCUGGGGUUCUUGAGACGUUAGAAUCUUCGAAAUUUUUUUCUCUAAACGCUCACUUUCUUACCAGUGCUCUCUAGCUUCCGAAGAUUGGACCGUAGGCUUAAAAAAAAGUUUUGAUUCAAAAAAAUAGUCGGUUUCAAGAUUUUCACAUUCAAUUUCUUAAUUUUCCAGCAACGGAAGGGUAUCCCACUGCAACAAGUUCUUGAUCAUCAAAGUUUAUCGCGGUUGUGACCUCGAGAAUGAACUAUACCUCUGGAAACUUGACGACAAAGUGCCGGAAAAAGUCAAGCCGACUACCAUUAGUUCCGGUUUCACGUGCAGUAUUUCAGUGAGUUGUGAAAUUAAUCGUGGUUAGGAUCCAGGUAAAAAUAAGAAAUCUGAAAAAAGUUGAGCGCUUCAUCAUUUUUUGAAGGAAUCCGUUAGAAUUCACAUUUUUAAAAGAGAAAAGACAUAUAUUAUUGUGUUAAGACGAACUUUUCAAGUUUUGAAAGCGGAACAUAUUUUUUUUUCAUGUCCUGUUUAAAGUAAUUUUCGCGAAGUGCAAAAUUAUCUCUGACUCUCCAAAAUCUAUUCAUCUUUUUCUUUCUCUGACGGAUAUUUUUGAUUUCGCGGAUCCUCUUUGAACACGCAUUAGAGUUAUUUACCGAAUUAAUACUAACUUCGUGUUUUGAUCAUUUUUUUUUGAAUGAGAAUGCUUCUUUUUCUUGUGGAAUACCUAGUUUUCCCGAAGUUUUGAAAGAUUUUUUCGAGAGUUUGGGGUUUCCUGUGGUCUGUCUUUCGCGAUUUGAAAGUCCUUCUCUAACAAAACUGGCGGUUCAUUCUGCGUUGAACUCUCGGUGCACCCCCCCUUAAAAGUGUAACUCGGGGUGCACUCUAAGCUUUGAAUGCCUAUUAAGGUGCUUAUUCCGUACACGAUUUUGUUUCCGAUCGGUUGCCCCAGGGGUGCACCCCACCUAGGUCGAACGCGGGGUGCACCGAAAACAUCAACGAAAAGUUCGUUUUUCGGGGUUCACUGCGGUGCGGGUCACUGCAUCAUUUUCAUUAGAGUUCUCUGCGCCCUCUUCGUCUCUCAGCGACUCUCUCACUUUGACGUGCUAUUUUCAUGUUUCUCUAACCUCGUCGGUGAGAGAGAAGAGGGACGCACACAGUCGAAAAUUUCAAAGCGCGGUGGAUGAACUAUACGUGAUUUUAAAAAAUCGGUUCUUUUCAGUAUAUUGGCAAUGUGGGCAACAAAUUGUUCUACUUGACAAACAAGGACGGCGCCAAAUUCUACAAGGUCGUCAGUGGAAACGCCGAAAAUCCGAGCCAACUUGAAGACGUCGUUCCGCAACGAGACGGAUUCGUUCUGCAAAAGGCGGAUAUUCACCACAACGGGAUCCUUCUCUGCUACACCAGUCCUUCUUUGGAAGUACAGUACCGCUCAAAAGUCUAUUAAGUUUUGGUUUUUUGAGGAUAUCUCAGCGAGUACUCAUCCGAUUUAUAUAUAACUUUCAGGGAUUAUGUAAAAUAUACCUUGAAACAUAUACGGUAUACAAAUACAUGUCCGCAGUCACUGCGACGCGUUUUAGGAAUUUUUUUCGAAUUCAAUUUUUUGUUUUUUUAUGCUUUUUAUUUUUUUAUUUAUUUCUAUUAAAUUUUUUUAAAAGUAAUAAUGUUGCCAUAUAUUUUUUUUCAUGUUUUCAGACAUAGGAAGAACCUCUGAAAAAAAGGAUUUGACUGAUAACGACAAAAGAGCCAUCGUUGUGGGUCGUCAAAAUGGACUGACCAUGAUGACGUUGGCAGGAAUGUUCGGCGUGACAGAGGCGUGCAUUUCUCAGUUCCUAAAGCGUCAGAAAGCUCAAGAUGGCUCUACUAAGAGCCAACGCACUGGAAGAUCACGUGUCACUGAUGGUAAUGACGAUAGGAACAUUUUGAAGACGUCUAGAACCGAUCCAAGACUCAGCGUCCCUGCGAUCAGACGGGAAGUUUGCUUGAAUUCGCCAUCUCCGCCAUCCGUCUCGACCGUGAAACAACGUCUGAAUGCUGCUGGAAUCAUGGGAAGACGUCCAGUGAACAAACCGCUGAUUUCUGAAAAAGAAUCGAGUCGCCAGGGUGAAGUGGGCGAAGGAGCAUCUCAACUGGACCCGUCAAGACUGGAACAAGAUUCUGUCGUCCGACGAAACGGUCCUCCACCAUGUUUCACAAAGGGUAAUUGGUAUUUCGCAUGAUAUCUGGACCCAAUUGGUCUACGAACUCAUUGAAUUCCGUCACUUCCGAAGAGGAGGAACUUGAUUUCGUCGGACGACAGAAUCUUGUUCCAGUCUUGACGGGUCCAGUUGAGAUGCUCCUUCGCCCACUUCACCCUGGCGACUCGAUUCUUUUCAGAAAUCAGCGGUUUCUUCACUGGACGUCUUCACAUGAUUCCAGCAGCAUUCAGACGUCGUUUCACGGUCGAGACGGAUGGCGGAGAUGGCGAAUUCAAGAAAACUUCCCGUCUGAUCGCAGGGGCGGUGAGUCUUGGAUUGGUUCUAGACGUCUUCAAAAUGUUCCUAUCGUCAUUACGAUCAGUGACACGUGGUCUUCCAGUGCGUUGGCUGUUAGUAGAGCCAUCUUGA